GGAAUUAUUUGUGAAGCUGUGCACAGCGGAGGAAAUAAGUAGUUGAAAAGUUGGGAUGAUAUGUCAUCGGUGGUAGAUGUUGGCUUCUGUUGGCUCCAAAUAUUUGAAAUCAAGUCGCAGAGUUCUCUCCCUCUUAGACCAAUGCGUAACCAUGGCUCACAUCAAACAGAUUCAGUCCCAUCUCACCGUUUCCGGCACCCUCUUCGACCCCUUCGCAGCCGGCAGAAUCAUCUCAUUCUGCGCCGUCUCCGCCCAAGGCGACAUCUCUCACGCCUACCUCCUCUUUCUCUCUCUCCCUCGACGCACCUCCUUCAUUUGGAACACCAUGCUACGAGCUUUCACCGACAAAAAGGAACCCGCCACUGUGCUCUCUCUUUACAAAUACAUGCUUAGUACUGGCUUCUUACCCAAUAACUACACUUUCUCUUUUCUUCUUCAAGCCUGUGCUCAGCUCUCUGACCUCUCUUUCGGGAUCCUACUCCACGCUCAGGCGGUCAGAUUGGGUUGGGAAGCCUAUGAUUUCGUGCAAAACGGAUUGCUCCAUUUGUACGCGUCUUGUAAUUGCAUGGACUCGGCUCGAAGGUUGUUUGAUGGGAGUGUGCACCGAGACGUUGUUACGUGGACUGCUGUGAUAAAUGGGUAUGCCAAGUCUGGGCAGGUCGUGGUGGCGAGGCAACUGUUUGAUGAAAUGCCUGAGAAGAAUGCGGUUUCUUGGAGUGCGAUGAUCACUGGGUAUGCGCAAAUUGGGUUGUUUAGGGAGGCUUUAGAGCUUUUCAAUGAUAUGCAGAUUGCUGGAUUUCGGCCUAAUCAUGGGGCAAUAGUGGGUGCACUCACUGCUUGUGCUUUUCUUGGGGCAUUGGAUCAGGGAAGGUGGAUUCAUGCAUAUGUGGAUAGAAACCGUAUGGUAUUGGAUAGAAUAUUGGGGACAGCGCUUAUAGACAUGUAUGCAAAGUGCGGCUGUGUAGAAACAGCUUGUCGUGUGUUUGAUGAAAUGCUAGAUCGGGACGUCUUUGCUUUUACUUCUUUAAUUUCAGGCUUAGCCAAUCAUGGUCACAGUGCCACAGCUAUUGAGAUGUUUACAAGAAUGCAGAAUGAAGGGGUUUGUCCAAAUGAAGUUACUUUUAUAUGUCUCUUAAGUGCUUGUAGUCGAGUUGGAUUGGUGGAAGAAGGAUUGAGAAUCUUCAAAAGUAUGACAAAUAUUUAUGGAAUUGAACCAGUCGUCCAGCACUAUGGCUGUUUGGUAGAUCUUUUGGGCAGAGCUGGGAUGCUAGAGGAUGCUAAGAGGGUGGUCAGGGAGAUGCCCCUGGAGCCAGAUUCUUAUGUAUUGGGUGCAUUACUCAAUGCUUGUAGGGUUCAUGGCGACGUUGAGUUAGGUAAAGAAACAGUUGAGUGCUUGGCGGAGCGGAGUCUUGACCAUGGAGGUGUUCAUGUCCUUCUUUCAAAUAUGUAUGCCUCAGCUAACCAAUGGGAGGAUGUAGCUAAGGUAAGGAAGGGAAUGGAAGAAAAAAAGGUGAAAAAGGUUCCAGGGUGUAGCUUGAUUGAAGUGGAUGGUGCGGUUUUCGAAUUUGUUGCUGGAGAUAUGUCUCAUGUUUUUAUGGAUGAGAUUGUGUUGUUGCUUCUUGGUAUUGACAAGCACUUGAAAUCACUUUGGUCUGAAGAUGAUGACAAUGAUGACAUGAAAUUUGAGUAAAACUACUUGUAGCUGGGAUUGGAUGCAUACUGAGCUGGUGGUGUGGGAAAUUCAUAAGGGGAAAAGAUAGCGCUAUCCAUGAGUUUUAAUUGCCAAAUUCAACUAAGCACACUUUUGAGGCUGCUUGAAGAUCAUCUCCCUGGAUGUGUUGCAGAUUUGAUUCAAAGUUGUUGGGAAGAGAAUAUUAUCAGUUUGAAGGAUAUAAAUGUAUGCUCUCUAAAACAAAAAUCAAGUUCAUGGCUUUUCCAGCAUCUUCAACAGCAGUGGCAGCACCAGCAGAAGUGAUUCAAAAGGCACCAGAACCUGCAUCAACGGUUCCAAUGUAUUCUAGGGAAUCUUUUCUAGCACCUUACACAUUAAACAACUUGCUUAUCAACUGCAGCAACAGAUGUCAGAGGAUUCAGAGCUGUAGAUUGGAUUAGUAGAGAUUCCAAGGGUUGUGUGGAGAAUGCUUCUGCGGUGGCAAGAACGUGUCGCUCGAAGGGAAGCCCUGCUUUUGGCAAUAAGCCAUGGUGAUUAAGAAACAAAGCUGAAAAUGAUUCAAGGUUUGGCCCUCAUGGAUGCAUUGCUCUACAUAUUUCCAAACAAAUCAACAAUGCAGAUGUUUGAUGAUGUUGAGGCAGGAUUAGGCCUUCCUCCUCUUCUGAUUUUUGGAUGAUUCUGGGAGUUAGGCCUUAUGUCAUCUUCAGAUUCGCAUAUACUUGGCUUGUGUUUUAUGACAUUGGCCUCUAUCUUCUCAUGCUUGGACUUGUGUGUCUAUAUUUAUUUAUUUACUUCUAUGUUUGCCUGUGUAGUAUGCUUUGAUUCUUCUUUCAUACAAAAUUUGUGAUCCAGGGAACAUAUGAACGAGUAUAACUUCUAAUGAAAGAGAAAAGACAAAAA